CUACCGAAGAAUUCCUAUGCCUCACGUCGCUCCGUGCUAAUAGCAAAGAGAAGUUUUCGUUUGCUUGCUAGCUUUCUGGUAACGCAAUUCAUUUUUAUCGCAACAUGGAUCCGUCAAUGGUACCACUUGCUCCAAAACCAGAUGGUAGCCCGCCAAACUUUAUGAGCGGUCCCUCAUUGGCCCCCGUCAACGUAUCUAUCGGAUCUAUUAUCAUUGCCUUGAGCGUGAUCAUUGUCACCUUGCGUCUCUAUGCCUCCUACAAAAACAUCGGACGUCUAUCCCUAGACGAUUGCUUUUGCCUCGGAUCAGAGAUAACAGUGCUGGUGUACUGGGGACUGCUGACUGCCAAUCUGGAAAGAGGUAUAGGAAGGCACGCUUGGGAUCUACCUGUAAGCGUAGUCUCGCCUUGGGUGCUAAAGAGGCAUGUGGUAUCUCAGUUUUUCGGUGCCACAGGCAACUGGCUCUCUAAAGCUUCUAUCUUGGCCUUUUUCAUCCGAGUAUUUGGCAGCGUUCGGUGGGUUAGAAUUGCCUGCUAUGCUCUCUUCGUCUUGCUUUCCAUGGGAGCAAUCACACACGCAGGCCUAUUCGCAGUGCUAUGCGUUCCGCAUGGCCACGAGGUUUGGAAUUUCAAGCUCAUGAUCAGAUGCGGUACAGGUGCGCCUGUGACUGUCGCCGUGGGCGUUUGCACACUGUUGAUCGACAUUGCCAUUUUUAUCCUACCUUUCCCUAUUAUUGCGAAUCUUAAUAUGGACAAGAAUAAGAAGCGCGGUCUGUUCAUCGUGUUUCUAAUAGGCUUUGCUAUCAUUGUUACAAGUACUGUUGGACUCGCUUAUAGAAUUAUUGUGUUGAACAGCACUGGCGACCCAACCUGGAAUGGAGCGAAUGUAUCUAUCACCGCAUAUGUAGACACUUUUGGAACAAUUAUUGUCAGCUGCGCACCAGGCGUGUAUAGUUGGUGGCUUAAAAUAUUCUCGCAGAGCAGGCUCUAUUCUUCUCUUCGAUCCAUGUCACUUCUCCGCCCCCGAAACUUUUCAGUAACAUCAAGAGAUUAUGUUUUAAAAGAAAGAGAAAAUAGCCCAGAAUGGAACCACCAAGAACAGUGCCAGUACAAAUUACCAGAAAUUGUCACAUCAUCUCCACAAGAGAAAGCACAUGAAGGAACCCAGGGAUAUGAAAGAAAUAUUAUUCCAGUGUCUACCGUUAUAACACAAACAAUUUCUGAUAGGGUUGAAAGCUAUAAAGAUAUCCAUCAGAUGCAAGAAUAUCCAUGGCAAUCAACUGAUACAAGAAACAACAGCACAAAGUAGCAGAUGCGUAUAGAGAUGCACUUCUAGAAGGGUCGCGGCGCAAAUCAUAGAAGGAUUAUCGAUGAG